AUGGGGUUCGUCGAGCUUCAACUUCCAUCCUUUGGCCAGUUUGCUAACCCUGUCGCCCGCAGUGUCCCCAAAUUCUUCAGAUGGCUCUCGGAGCGUUAUCCAGCCAUCUCUCAGCUUAUUGCUGAGAACCGCAUUCCCGAGUUCGACUGUCUCUAUCUCGACAUGAACGGUAUCAUCCACAAUUGCACGCACAAGGACUCGGGCGAAGAUACGACAUUCCGUCUUACCGAGGAGGAGAUGUUUAUACGCAUCUUCAAUUACAUUGAGCACUUGUUUGGAAAGAUCAAGCCGAAGCAGCUUUUCUUCAUGGCCAUCGACGGUGUUGCGCCGAGAGCCAAGAUGAACCAGCAGCGUGCUAGACGUUUCCGAACCGCCCUCGACAAUGAAAAGGCCCGUGACAAGGCGAUUGCCGAAGGUGUCGAGAUGCCCAAGGAGCCUCCUUUCGACAGUAACUGUAUCACGCCUGGUACUGAGUUCAUGGCCAAGUUGACGCAGCAGCUCAAGUACUUUGUCAACAAGAAGGUGUCCGAGGAUGCCGACUGGCAGGGCUGCGAGAUUGUCCUCUCUGGCCACGAGACCCCUGGUGAAGGCGAGCACAAGAUCAUGGAAUACAUCAGAAACGCCAAGGCGCAACCUGACUACGAUCCCAAUGUGCGCCACUGCUUGUACGGCCUCGAUGCCGAUCUCAUCAUGCUGGGUCUUCUUAGCCAUGACCCCCAUUUCUGUCUUCUCCGAGAAGAGGUCACCUUUGGCCGCGCGAGUAAGGCCAAGAGCAAGGAAUUGGAGCAUCAGAACUUCUACCUGUUGCAUCUUUGCAUAGUCCGAGAAUAUCUCGAGUUGGAAUUCCAGGAACUCAAAGAGCCUGGACGGCUGAGCUUUCCCUUCGAUUUGGAGCGAGUCAUCGAUGACUUCAUCCUCAUGGCUUUCUUUGUCGGAAACGAUUUCCUUCCUAACCUCCCCCGCCUUCACAUCAACGAAGGUGCUCUUGCGGCCAUGUUCCGCAUCUACAAGUCUGUCCUUCCUCAGGGACAAGGCUACAUCAACGAGGGUGGUGUCAUCAAGCUUGAUCGUCUUCAGAUUUUGUUGAAUGAGCUUGCCAAGGAUGAAACCAACCAGUUCGAGGACGAUAUCAGCGACGAGAAAUGGUAUCAGUCCAAGAAGCUUGCUGAGUCCAACGGUGGCGAGAGCCGCAAGCCCAAGGGUAAGGGCCUCGUUCUGACCUCUUCCCAGAGAGAUCUGUGGAAGCAGCAGAUCAGACCCUAUGUCAACAAGCCUUCAGCCGAACCCCUGGAUCUCGGAAGUGGUCUGAACGCCGCCGAUCGCAAGUUUGUUCAAGAUCUUGCAGAUUCCCUCCACAUCGAGUGGAACACCAAGGAAGAUGAUGAAGGCCAUCGUCAUCUCCUUUUGUCAUUUCCCGCGGGUGCGGAAAACAUCAACGACGAGGAAGAGGAGGGCACCCUUGCGCUUUACCGAGUCAUGCGCAACUACGACAAGGCUACCGUUGUUGAUGUCACUGGUGAGGAUGCUCAGAAGCAGUACAAGGAACUUUAUGAGCAGAAGUACCAGGGUUGGAAGACCAAGUACUACCUGCAGAAGUUCCCUGAAUGGGAGCCUGAGAAGUACGAAACUGAGCUCACAAAACUUUGUGAGAACUACGUCCAAGGUCUCCAAUGGGUCUUGUACUACUACUACCAGGGGAUCGCCUCGUGGCCCUGGUACUACCAGUACCACUACUCUCCUUUGACCUCAGAUGUUGUCAAGGGUCUUGGAGCUGACCUCAACUUCAAGUUGGGCCAGCCUUUCAGACCAUUCGAGCAGCUCAUGGGUGUCUUGCCCGACCGAAGCAAGUCCAUUGUUCCGGAUAUCUACUGGGAUCUCAUGACCAACCCGAACUCGCCCAUCUACGAUUUCUAUCCCAGAGACUUUGAGCUCGACAUGAACGGAAAGCGCAUGGAGUGGGAGGCUGUUGUCAAGAUUCCCUUCAUUGACGAAAAGCGUCUGCUCAGUGCGAUGGAGCCCAAGAACAAGCUCCUCAGCAAGGACCAGAAGGACAGAAACGGCUUCGGGGUCGCUCUCAAGUUCACUUACAACCCCGAUGUCAACAUCACCUACCCCUCCUCUCUGGUUGGCGUUUUCCCCGACAUCACCCCUUGCCACUGUGUGGAGAACAUUUUCGAGCUCCCCAACACUGAGGGUCUCAAGUUCCUCAACGGCCUUACCGAUGGUGCCAAAAUCAACAUUGAGGCACUGGCAGGAUUUCCAACACUGCACACGCUGCCUUACACGGCGUCGCUGAUUGAGGGCUUUGGUGUCAACGUAUUCCAGGCAGACAGCAAAAACCCUAGUCAGAUCGUCACUCUGACCGAGUCGGAGGUUAGGACGAGAGCGCAGGUGGCUGCAGGAAAGCUAGGCAAACGAUGCUUCGUCGGAUACCCCUUUUUGCAGGAGGCCAAGGUCGUCAAGGUCACCGACGAGCUGUUCGACUACGAGCUCGACCAAAACGGCUCAGUCGUCCAGACGCAUCUUGGUCCUAAAGAAAUGCACUUCUUCGCCAAGGAGUCCCGCCACAUUGAGGAUUGGCACUCCAGGCGCCUGGGCAUCGUCAUUGGCGAUGUUGAGUCUCUGGUGCAUGUCCAUAUGCUCAAGGGAUUGAUCAAGACUGAGGAGGGUGCUUUGAUCAAGGACUACGACUUGAACCCCAGCAUGAGAAGCGUCUAUGCUUCUCAGACCAUUGUUGACGAAGUCGUCAACGAGGACCAGCGCUUCAUUGAGAAGGCUGCUGUCCCUAUUGAGGAGGAGUACCCCGUCGGCACCCAGGCCUUCUUCCUGGGCGAGUACAACUAUGGACGGGCUCUUGAGGUUACCGGCCACGCCAACAAUAAGGCCAACAUCCGAGUUCUCGUCCUCAAGAACAAGGAGCCCGAGUUUGCUAAGCCCAUCAUUCAAGAAAUGAAGCGUCAGAACCGAUACACUCCAUCGUACGCCGUCGCAAAGAUGCUGGGCCUCCACCCCUUGAUUCUGAGCAAGAUCCUGUCUUCCUACCAAGUUAACACAGUUGGCGGUCUUCGCGUCAAUCUCGGUCUCAACCUAAAGUUCGAUGCGAAGAAGCAGAAGGUGCUUGGCUACUCGCAAAAGUCAGAGUCUGGAUGGGAGUUCAGCAACGCCGCUAUCGAGCUUUUGGCCAGGUACAUUGCUGCCUUCCCUGAUUUCUUUGCCGCGAUUCAGCAGAACCCUCAGGCCAGUGACGUGAGCGACACCGAUCUCUGGAAGGAUCCCAAGGUGGGAUCCCAGCGAGUGAAGGAAAUCGGAGCUUGGCUCAAGGAGGCGCAGACCCGCAACUUUGAGAGAGUGCCCUUGGAGGCCGAGCAGCUCGACUCGGUUGUGGUCAUGAAGCUUGCUGAGGCAGGUGCGCAGGCCUUCACCCAAUCCCACGAGGUCGAGGUCAAGAACAUGAAGGGUGUUCCUCGCUCAGCUAUCAUGAAGCCUAGCGAUGCUGAGCUGUUCUUGAGCGGCCAGAAGUUCGCCCUUGGCGAUCGUGUCAGCUUCCUGUCUUCUUCUGGCAAGGUGCCUCUCGGCAGCCGAGGAACUGUUGUCGGCCUUAGCCGUACCGCCAACAAUCUGCUCUUGGAUGUUGUCUGGGACUUGACUUUCAUGAGUGGCACCACUUUGGGUGAAAGAGCCCCGCCUUUCCGCGGUAUGACAGUCGCUUCCUCCUCGGUACUCAACACCACCUUCAAGCAGGUUGUCUCCGGCUCCAAGGCUGGAAUGCAGCGCAAGCCUGCCCCGGCCCCUGCGUCGCUUACCACUGCCGCCACGGGCGUUCCUCAGUACAGGGAUGCGCCUGCCCCGGACCGUGGCGCUUGGCGUGGUGGUGCCAACGGCGGCCAGGGUCAGCCUGGCCGCGGCCGCGGUCGUGGAGGCGGCCCCAACUUGCUCCACAGCACCCUUGUGUACAGACCUCAUCCCAACGGUCAACACGGCGGGGAGGAGAACCACGAAGCCAACGGUCAAGGUCAGCGUGGCGGAGGCUUCCGAGGCAGAGGACGUGGCCGCGGAGGUCCCAUUCAGAACCCUGGCUACUCCGGUCUUCACGAACAGCCGGCCCAGCAGCCCAUGUACGGCAACGUGCCGCCCCCAGCCAACCUCGACGCUCGUGGCAGAGGCCGAGGACGUGGGGGACGCGGUGGACGCGGCCGAGGAGGAGCUCGUGGCCGCGGUGCUGCAAACGGACAGACUAAUGGAGCGACUCACGACGCCGCCCAAUCCUAA